AUGGCGAUGGAGGUAGUCGUCGAUGGGUGGUUGGGUGUUGGUGUCGUCGAUGGGUUGUUGGGUGUUGGUGUCGUCGAUAAAGCUCUCUUUAUCCUUUGUGAUGAAAGCACAACAAAAAUCCCUUGCCCAAGUGGCAUAAUUCUUAGAUCCCGUCAAGAUUUGCUUGAUGAGAACGAUGUCAGGGCCAUCGAGAGCCGGUGCAAUUAUGGCUAUGCAAAAACCCUAGACCAAAAGCUCUUUGGCCUCAAAAAUGGAAAACUUAGCCAUUUUUGCAUGCAUUGGCAUGACAUCGAUAGUGGCAGCAACCCUAUCGCUGUGAGAGUGGUGUCACUGCCUUCAAAUUCAUUGACAAUAUUUGGUACAAUCAGCAUGAUUGAUGAUCCCUUGACAGAAGGGCUAGAAUUGAGCUCAAAAUUGGUGGGGAAGACUCAAGGGAUGUAUGCAUGGGCUGCACAAGAAGAAUUUGGCUUGUCAAUGGUUAUGAAUUUUACUUUUGUGGAAGGAAAAUAUAAUGGUAGCACCAUCACAAUUAUAAGGAGGAACAAGGUGUUUCCAAACGUUCGAGAGGUGCCGAUGGUAAGAAGUAGUGGGCUUUUGCGAUUUGCUAGAGGUUAUGUUCAGGCUAGCACUCACAAACAUGAUCUUGCCACAGGAGAUGCUGAACUUGAGUACAAUAUUUAUAUGUUACACUAUUGA